UCCGGAAGUCGGAAAUGGCGCCGUCUGACGACUCGACACGAAGGAAAAGGCCCUCCCCGCUCUGCCCCCGCUUUCAUUCCAAAGAGACGUCUUGCCAUGGCGCUCAGGUUACGGUGACUGAGUUUCCAACCUGAACCUCGGAUACCGCGAUGAAAAACCGCAAGAGCCCACCCGCGGUGGUCCUGGUGGUCCUGUUCGCCGUGGUCAUGUUGCUCAUCAUCUACAACUCCAACGGCCGAAACGAAGCCUUCCGCUACUCCGCUUCCCAAGCCAAGCCCCAGCUACCCUCCAGCCUCAAGAAGUGGGGCGUGAAGAGCGAGUACCUCCCCGUCUCCGGAAACAAGACGUUGGAUCAUCACUGCAACCAGUGUGUGCUGAUCACCAGUUCGAGCCACCUUCUUGGGAGCAAACUGGGCAAAACCAUUGACCAGUCAGAGUGCACCAUUCGCAUGAACGACGCUCCCACCACGGGGUACUCGGAGGAUGUGGGGAACAAGACGACCUUCCGCGUGGUGGCCCAUUCCAGCGCCUUCCGAGUCCUGAAGAGGCCGCAGGAGUUUGUCAACAAGACCCUGGAGACCGUUCUGAUUUUCUGGGGUCCGCCCGUCAAGAUGCAGAAGAGCGUGAUCAAGAUCAUCGAGCGGGUCAGCGUGGGUUUCCCCAACAUGACGGCCUUCGUGGCUUCUCCGAAGCGCAUGAAACAGUUUGACGACUUGUUCAGAAAAGAGACGGGGAAGGACAGACUGACCUCGCGGUCGUGGCUGAGCACCGGGUGGUUCACCAUGGUCAUCGCCGUCGAGCUGUGCGACAGGCUCCACGUUUACGGGAUGGUGCCUCCCAGCUACUGCACCAAGAAGCCCCCUCCCCACAGGCUGCCCUAUCACUAUUACGAACCGAAGGGGCCGGACGAAUGCACCACCUACAUCCACAACGAGCGCAGCCACAAAGGGAACCACCACCGGUUCAUCACCGAGAAACGGGUCUUUGCCAGAUGGGCCAACCUUUACAACAUCACUUUCUCCCACCCGGAGUGGGAUUAGGGCAGGAGGGGGCCGAGAGUCCGUACAAGUGCCAAGUCGGGAGCCCGCGGCCACCCAACCCUGGCAGGUCCACAGCCGGUCUCCAGCCAGACUUCACAAGCGUGGGGCUGCCACUGGGUUUUUCCGUGCUGGCCGGAUGGCUCCCUGCACUGCCAUGUAAGGUUUCCCGUCAUGCUCCAGAGCAGUGCCUUGGGGCAUUGUGGGAAAUUUGAAGUCCGAUAAACCCAGAGCUGGGUGGAUUCAAAGCACAUCUCAAGCACCAGCAAGGUUGCUUCUAACUGGGCGUUCCUGGCACAACUUGGGGGGGCGCUAGUUGGUAAGUUCUUCGAGAUAAGUUUUCCCUCCCUCUGGUUCUUCUUAGCUGCUUUGUUCAACUUUUGCAAGCAGCCAGAGACUUUAUCCUGGGGGGGUAGCUCUCCUGAGACUUAUGGACUCCAACUCCCAUUAGCCCUAGCCAACUUGCUUGUGACUAGGGAAGAUGGGAGCUGUGGUUAUCUGGUUAGCCACACUUUACCUACUUGUUAAGAGCUGAGCCCUUCCAAAGGCAUUUAUUUUUUACAGGGGGCAGCUGGGCAAAACCUCCCUCAGUGCUUGCCCCGUGGCUGGGGCUGAUGGGAGUUGUAAUCCAGGGGCAUCAGGAAGAGGAAGGCUGGCAUGGUGGUGCUAUCUUUUCUUCCUCCACGAAACAGCGGGGGAGAAAGGAGAUGGCCCUCCCUUGUUCGGCCGAUCCAUCUGAGCUCGGGAAUUGAGUCCCACAAUCCUGGUCUCGGAGUUGCCAGCUCCCCAAACUACAUCGUAGUUCCCUCAUCUCCAUCCAAAAAUCCAAAAAAAUUGUUCCUUUUGCAUCAAGCCCUGUCUGUUUCUCCCGUGCAAAACCUGGCUCUUGGCUCGUGUUUCCCAACCCGGUGCCUUCCACUUACCCGUUGGAUUACAAUACCCAUUGCCCUAGCCGGCACAGCCAGGUUAAAAAAAAUCCCUCCUCCCUUUCUUGAGCCCCUUCCUCAAAAUUUGGUACCAAAGUGAUGGCGAUGAGGAUUUCUACGUUUGGAUUUUGCACCGUCUUUCAUUCUGAAAUGGUCGAUCCAAAACAUUUACCGGCCUGUGAUGUUAUUACUAUUACGGUUACAUUUAAUGUGUCUGAUGAAUCAACUUUAAAAACAAAAACAAAACUUUUAAUAAACGUUUGACUUGACUAAAAA